UGUUCUAGUUAGAGAGGGCGGCUGAAUAGGUUAUCCAUGGGUGGGUGUGUGAGAGGCUCAGUAGAACGCCUGACUGUGCCCAGUAACAAUGUCUCUCUCUAGAUGUGUUACCUCCGCCCUCAGGACCCGUCAUGCACUACAAAGGCUGGUUUACCCUAUGGCAGUACUCACCCGUGAGUUUGUUAAGUUGCAGGUUGGUGGUGAUGAUGGACAUGUGGACCUGUGUCUUCCUGUUGCUAAGAGUGAAGUGUGGACGGUGAGGGAAUACAGCAAGCGGGCCAGCGCACGCAGCCAUGCCAAGUCCGACUCCAGUUCCGACUCCGAUUCCGACCGUGGUUCCGGCUCCGGCAAGCGAGGCAUGACGCAUGUAUGGGAGGAGGAGUGGGGGGCAUCAGGCGACCCAUAUGUCUUCAUUGGACAGGAGCAGUUCCUGAUGCAGAUGGAACAUGUCGUCAAUACUAAGGACCUGCGUAAGAAAGUUGCUAGUCCCCUCGUUUACUUCUUUAAGGCUGUAGACACAGAUGGUAGUGGAGAGAUAUCUAUUGAAGAAUUCGAAGUCUUCUACACAUGCUUGGGCCUGACAGAAGAGGAUGCUGCUCAAUCCUUUGCAGCCAUUGACAAGAAUGGAGAUGGAAAGUUGAGUAGGAAAGAAUUUGUCAAGCUGGGCAGAGAAUUCUUCCUCAGUGAAGAUGAAACACAACCCAGCAAGCUUUUUUGGGGUCCACUCUCUGACUGAGCACACACCAGGAUCUGCAUAUGUUUAUACAGAUGACAAAAUUGGAAACUGCAUGAAAUAAAAAUUCAAGGACAUGCUCAACAUAUUUCUAAGCUAAACUAUGAUCUCAGUGCUUGACUUGUUAGGAAAAAUAUAUCGUGACUGAUCAAGGUAAACAUGGUAACUUAUUCUUAGUGAUUACUGAUUUAGGAAGGAAAAAAAUUGGCAGCAAACUAAUAAGGGAGAGGAAAGGGUGUCUGCUUUAGUGAAAUAUCCAUUAUAUUAAAAAUUUAGAUUGAGCAGACAAUGUAUGCUUAAUUGGUUGACUACCAGGCAUGAACCCAAUAAAGCAGUCUGCUGAAUUGAAGACAGACCACUUGCAUUCUAAUGGAAAUAUUGUAAGUCACAUUGCAGCUCCUGUCUUAGGAUGUCACAUUAUAAUUAUUAUUGUAAUAUUGGGUUAUACUAGAUUAAAUUCUGCAUAUACAAAAAAAAAAAAAAAAAAAAAAAAAAAAAAAAAAAAAAAUAGGGAGACUGACAGAUGCUAAGGAGGAACAAGGGUUGGGUUGCAAGAGUAAGUUUGUGAUUUCAUUGUGUACAGUUCUAUAGAAAGGUUACGGACUAGUGAUUGCAGGAUAUCAGACUGCAAUCAGGAUAUUAUAUUAUUAUAAUCAAGGGGAAGCGCUAAACCCGGAGGAUUAUACAGCACCUGGGGGGGGGGGACAUGGAAGGCAUUCAGGCUUAAUUCGGGGAACUGGAGCACAGAUCCAAUUCCCUAAAUCAAGAGCCCCUCACCAACAUCAAGGAACCUUCCUUGAGGGGAAUCAGGAUAUAAAAAAAACUAAUACAUAUCAAAAUGGUAAUUAAAAUGUUUAUACAUACAUAUAAAUGAAUGAUAGUGCCUCUGGUACUCCAAUUCCUGAUUGGAUGCACUUUCUUUUUUACUGUUUUGCACAUAUUUUACUCAUGAAACUGUAAUAACACAGUUGCAGACAAAUCAUAGAACAGGUGGGGCUCAUAGCCAUGGUUGACCCUUGUAGGUUUAGAACUUUUUUUUAUUACAAUAAUCAUAGCCAUGGCUAUGAGCCCUUUCAACUCAGGACUACGAGUCCUAAAACUCAAGAGUUGUAGGACUCGGCUGCCAUGGGUUCAAACCCCACCCCAUUUUGUGAUUUGAUUAACAAUAAUAAUAAUUUAUAUGUAUACAUGCCUAAAUCAGGAAUGUAUAUGUAUUUCUGGGCUGUUUCCUUUUAAGUUGUAUGUAAUAUGUGUAAUUAUUGGAAAUAAUGCUGACAACAGUUAAAUGGACACGUGUAACUUAAUGUUACAUUUAUUCAGGCAAUAUUCCACUUACCAGGGUUAUAAAUUUUAAACAUAUGACACUACUGUCACUUGAGAUACCUCAAAUGACAACACCCAUCACCACCACCCAUCAUCAUCUAUCAGCAAUGUUAGUGUAGUCCUGUAUAGUUCUUUGUAGUGACAUUUGGUGUGUGCUGUUGGUAUAUCAGAAUCCAUUAAAGCCAAAUAUACCACUCUUGCCCUUAAGGCAGAGAUGCUUUGUUGAUGCAUACAGAGUAGGAAUGUGUGCCCCAGGCUUUGCCCUUAGGCCAGUGGCCUACCUCAGUUCAAAUCAGGUGCUAGGUUGAGGUGGACAAGUUUGGCUGCAGUUUCGUUGUGUACACCUUAGUUAAAAUAAACUACAAUAUCAGA